AUGCGCUCUUUGGUGCAGCGCUCACUGAACAUAUUGAUAUGUAAGUCAAUUCUAACAAAUAACUCUUCGCUUUUUCGUGGUGGCGCAAAUACAUCAGAUUUAUCUGCACCUAGAACCGAACAUUGGAUUCUUUUUGCCUGCAUGUCAACACUACAGAAAAUGAUGAUGACACUGCAUAGUUAUCCAGUUAGUUUUGUGAGAACUAAUAUGAUAACUACUGGAACUAAUAGGAUAAAUAAUAGUAGUAUUGUUGCAUUGGAAUACAUGAUUCUCUGGUUGGUACUGGGCAUGAUGCUUGCAUUCAAUAUCUAG